GGCACGCAGAGCUCAACUCUUCACAGACUAACUUUACUGCCGAAGUAGGAGCACAACACAGUUGCUUCUGAUCCCGACGCGAACGAGCGACUCCAAACGGUCUGCUAUGAGAAGAUGUCCGUGAACGAGGUGUACGUGUUCCGGCCAUUUAAACUGAUCGCUCUUCUCUGCGUGUUUCUUGCGUUUUGCCUGGACGUUGUUGCGCUGUUGAGCCCCGCGUGGGUGACGGCGGAGGGCUACGCGCUGUCUCUAUGGGAGUCAUGCAGGGAGCUCGAGAGCGACUGGAACUGCAUCUCCACCCUCAAAUCUGACUGGCAGAUAGCCACACUGGUGUUGUUAUUAGCAGGGGCAUCAGUGACAUUAGUGGCCUUCCUCAUCGCACUCAUCUCUUUGUGUAAAGGCACACACAGGAAGCACUAUCGUAUGGUGGCAGUGUUCCUCUUCACAGCAGUGGUCCUCCAGGCUUGUGCUCUGGUGCUCUACCCAAUCAAAUUUAUCGAUGGCAAAGUCUUGCAAACGUACCACGAGUUCAACUGGGGCUAUGGGCUGGGCUGGGGUGCCACCAUCUUCAUGCUGGGCGGAGGGAUACUGCUAUGCCUUAGAACAGACAUGUAUGAAGAUGCCAUGCACUAAGGGCUUCAAUACAUAUACACAUACACACACUCAAACACUACAUGCUGUCACAGCAAAAAAAUUAACCAGUAUCUACUACACAAUCCUGUACAGACAUGCUCCAUCGGAAAAGGACAACAUUCUCACAUACUGACACAUAUAUAAAGUAUACUGUAUAUAUUGUACAUCUCAUAUUUCACGCACUCACAUACUGCGUACAACACAUGUAAACAUAGGCUGUCUUCCAAUUUCAUGCUUGUAUUAUGCACUAAAGGUAUGUACUUUGCUGGUGAUGAGAAAGUGCAUACUUUUGAGUACGUAGUAAGAAAGUAUGGCAGUAUUAGGACUUAAAAGUCUUGAUACCACAGACUUCAUUGUUGCGCUAGCAUUUGUUGUUUGUGUUGACAUUUAAAGGAAUAGUUUAUCCAAAAAUUAUUAUUCUCUCAUUUACUCACCUUACGGCCAUAUCAAACUGUUAUGACUUUCUUCUGCAAAACACAAACGGAUCUAUUUUGAUGUAUGGAGAUAUUUUAAUAUAUCCAUGCAAUGCAAGUCAAUGGGGGAAAUUACACACUUAACUUUAACUGUUAGGUUCACAAUUUAAAAAGAUCAAGAUCUAAUGGGUAGAAUUAGCCUAAAAAGCUUGAUGCUGACACACAAAACCUGAAGAACACUUUGAAAAUCAACUGGAGAUAGCACGCCACCAAAGUUAUCUUUAACCGUAUUAUUAUUUUGGACGCACUGAGUAUAAUCUUGCAUACUAGGACAGAUGGUAUACGAAUUGGGACGCAGCCAUAAACACUUCCACAAACGCACACUCUUUAGCCUCUUACUCUGUUGCACAUAUACAGAGUGUGUAGGCCUAAAUUUAGCAUGACGGGCUGGUGUUAUGAGCAUCAGGACAGUAUGAAGUAUGAAGAACAGCUGUGUGAACUAGACUGCAAGAAUUCAGAGUGAUGGGCCUGUAUAUAAGGAUUCCUUACGGACAUUUAAAGAGACUGGAAUGUGCCAUGCCCUCUUGGUUUGCCCCUUGACCAUUCACAAGGAUGGAAAACCUUCCCGGAACAAGUUCUCGGGAGAUUUGUUUCCUUUAUGAAGAAGCAUGAUAGUUCCUUUUAGCAUUUUGUAUAUUUCUUGUGUUGCGCUGUCUGAUAGAGGACAUAUCAUCUAUUUAAUGUGUUUACAUAGUAUUAAGAAAGUAAGUAAUUUUGGAUUUAGAGGAUAUAUUUUAGGUCAUGUUGUUUGAUAUUUGUGGUUUUUGAAAUACAAGCUUGACUUGAAAGGAGGAAACCUUUACUGACGCUUUACUGCUUAAACAUAUCAGUUUCUUUUCUUCAUUUUAAAAGAAUAAUAAAAGGUACUGUUGAAAUAAAUGCAGACUUUUGUUCCGAUUUUGAGGGGAGGGUCUCUGAUUUCAUCACGACAUGCAUUAAUCACUGUCAGUGUGUUACUGCGUGAACAACACUAUGAACUAACAAUGAACAAUUGUAUUUUUAUUAACUAACAUUAACAA